CUCGGUUCUAGCCCUUUUUCGCCGCAGAUCCGAGUUGCGUAUUCACUUGCAACGAGUUCGAAUCAGGUCAGAUCUCAUCGUCUUCUUUCUCUCCCUCCGCCCAUUUUCCUUUCUGCUUCAUCCUUCUACCCGGCAUGGCACGGCGGAGUCACUUCACCGACCUUUGCUGCAUCGCUUGCAGCGAGCUCGAAGAUCUUGGCGCUGGUGAGCGCGAGGGAUGGCUCUCAGACCCUUCCUUACUAGCCACUCUACACCCACAGGCCCUCGCCCUAGCUCACACUUCCCUCUCCCUCCUUCUUCUUCUUCCACUCGAUCCAUCUUCUUCCCGACGCCGAACCACCGUCCGCCCAUCUCUCUCCGCUGAAGAGGGUCGCAUUUCGGCGAUCGAAUGGCUUCCCUUCGCCGAUCUCCUCACUAUCGCCCUCGGCUCCUCUGCUGGAUUCCUCCUUAUUUACUCUCUAGCGGGUGAUCUUAUCCACAAACAGCUUGUGCAUCCCGGUCGUAUUCUGAGGUUGCGAUUCCGGGAAAAGAGGGGGGAAUCUCUCCUAGAUGCUGCAGGUGCUGCAGCUUCUUCAGAAGAACUUUGCGUUAUUUUACCUGGGGUUGUUGCUCGCUUCGAUGGCUCAGAUAUACAGAGCCUGUUUCGAAGAUGGUUAGAAGAGGAAGGAUCCCGGGCGUGGAAUAACAGGUUUACCACCGAGGACGGAGAUGAUAGUCCCUAUGGGAGGAUACCGUUCCAGCUGUGGAGUGUAAGUAAGUACGGGUCAUGCUUGGAUGCUGCUAUUGUGGGGAUAAUGCCUCCUCCAUUGCUGGAGCUCCAGUCGAGUCAACGUUACUACUGUGCAAUUACUGUUGGAGAAAAUGCUGUAAUUUCAGCUUUUAGGCUUUCUGAGGAUAGGAACCGAUCUAUUGUUGGAGCAAUUUUAUCUAAGGUCGUCCCUGUUACUUUUUCAACCCUAGCAUCAUUUUCCAAAAUGAUAUGGCGAACUGAGCAGUCCUUUUCGAAGAAUCCUCGUGUGGUUUUACAGCCAUUUGCCAAAGCUUCACCUUUGACGUGCUUGAAAGAUUCACCUAGGAAAGGAGAGAAACUUGCUGUCAGCCCUAGUGGUACAUUAGCUGCGAUAACAGAUUCUCUUGGAAGAGUUCUUUUGCUAGAUACUCAAGCUCUUGUUGUUGUACGACUUUGGAAGGGGUACCGAGAAGCAUCAUGUCUUUUUAUUGAGGCUCUGAUUAACAAAGACAGAGCAUCGACAAGUUCCAAUUACACUGGACAAAGAAAAAAUGACUACUCCUUGUGUCUAGCGAUCCAUGCACCACGUAAAGGGAUUAUUGAGAUUUGGAAGAUGCGAACUGGACCUCGGCUGCUUACUGUGCCAUGCCCCAAAGGAAGCAUAAUUCUGCAAUCCUCAUCCAGGUCUGUAGCAUCAAAUUCAUCUUCCUACAAUCCUCUUGAGGCUUUCUUGCUGAACGGAGAUUCAGGACAGUUAUCAGUAUUGAACACAUCAAUUGGUUAACUAACCAAAAUCUUAGACCUUUUGAUUUAAAAUUAAUAAAUAAAUCUGCUAAGCUUUUGCUUAUUUUCAUAAUGCUUAUAGCAGAAAAUUUGACUUGCUUGCUUGCCUUUCCCUUUUCUAGCGCCGGUGGUGUUGGUAGUGUAAAUGUGUCAUCAUAUUUCUGCAGUAAUACUUCAUUUAUUUACUAGUAAUUUCUCAUCUUAUCUGCAUUUCCGUUGAGUGGAAAAAAUUUC